AUGUUCUCCCAACUUUUUGCCAUCGCUGCUCUUGCUAUCGCUGCUCAAUCUGUGGCUGCCGCGGAUUGCACUAGAAGCUACACCAUUCAAGACGGAGAUUAUUGCGACAAAAUCUCGCAAGCGCAGAAUGUGUCUACAUACCAGCUCGCUGUUGUGAACAGUGACUCAGUUGAUACGUCUUGCUCCAAUCUCAAACCUGGAGCGUCUCUUUGCCUUGCCCAGAAGCCAGAGGAAGACUGCCGUACCACCUACACCGUCGUGCUAGGAGACACCUGUGACAGCGUCGCCGCCAACAAUGGACUGAACACCACCAUUCUCUACUUGAACAACCCCCAGAUCAACGAAGGAUGCACUAACAUCUACACUGGCGAGGUUCUUUGCACUUCGAAGACCGUUCAAGUAGCUGCUAUCCCCGCUAAAGGUGUCUCCAUCGCCGCCCCUGGUUCUUCCACGACUCUCCUCACUCCAUCUGCCACAAAAGCUGCGAUUACACCCGCAAGCGCCGCCCCCGCCGCGGCUGCUACUCCAGCUGAUGAUGGAAGCUGCGACGAUGACGAUACUCCUGCGUCCAACGACGACGAUUGUGACGACGACAGCAACGAUGAUGACGAUGAUGACCUCCCUUUCUGCGACGAGAUCUAA